CAAAAACUCAUUAACUCUUGAAUUUACCGCCGAUAUAUCGUCAAAAUCUCUCAAAUCUAUCAUCCUUCACCACCCAAAACCAAAAAAACCAAAGCCUCAUACGACAAACACACCAACACCCACCACCAUGGAAGCAGCUGAAGAUAAUAAUAAUAACAUUAAUCCUCCUCCAUCCCCGACCACAGAACACAACAUUAAUAUUAAUAAUGAUAAUAUCAAUAUUAAUCCUGAGCAGCAGCAGGAAACAUUUUCAAUUUGUUCAUAUGCAUCAGAUCAAGAUUUUUCUAUUUCACAAUUAAAUCAAUCCAACACCACCACCCCUUUUAACCCUAACCCUAAUUUCACUCCUUUACUGGGGAAACGAAGGAAAUCAAAACCUAUAAGAUAUUACAACCCUGAAAUUGUUCUUGAUACCAAAACCAGUAAAACUGUUAAUGGAGCUCUUGAUUCUACAAGCAAUGGUUUGAGUUCUCCAAAAGGGAGUUCUUCAAGGAAAAAUGUGAAAUCUCCAAUCGAAAGUUCGCCUGCGAUGAUUCGAGCACAGGAGGUUAGGUCAAGCCUAGGAACUGAACAUCCUAGCUGUAUAAAGUUGAUGGUUAAAGCCCAUCUUGAUUCGACCACUGGAGGUUACUGGAUGGGCUUUAGCCAUCAAUGGGCCAGGAUGUAUUUAUCAAAAACAGACAGGGAAAUGUUGAUUGAAGAUGAGGACGGAGAGAUUUAUCAGAUCAAAUACAAUUCAGACAAGAGCGGGCUUAGUGCAGGAUGGAGAAAGUUUGCAACGGGGCAUAACUUACUCGAGGGUGAUGCUUUAGUUUUCCAUUUAGUUGAUCCAUUCAAGUUUAAGGUAUAUAUAAUUAGGGCGAAUGAUUUGAACGAAGUAGAUGGUGCUCUUGGUCUUCUAAAUCUGGAGGCACGCACACCACAAUCUGAUACACCAACUCCUACAACGAAGAAAAGCAAGCGUCCCAAGGAGGUUCCGAUAGAUAUGGUUCGAAAAAAGAACAAGUUGUCAACUCCGCCAUCACAAAUCAUCAUCAAUCCUAUGGAACAAUCUGGAAACGACAGCGAAGAGGUCGGUUCAGAAGUGCUAGAAGGUUCUAGACCCUCUAAACCGGACCUUUCAUUUCCAGAACUCAACUCCUUUAAAGACUUUCAUAUAAUGGUCAAUGGAGUCUGCAUCGACUCUGAACUUCCAGAUGAUGUCAGAAUGAACUACUACGAACUCUGCAAUGUUAGGAAAGAGAUUCUCCACGAUUCUCUUUCUGGAAAAAAUACAUAUCCAAAGUUGGUCGCAGGCAUGAUUGGUGAAAUUGUAAACAUUGCAAAUGAGAUCAAGAACUGCAAGAUCACUACAACUAAGGAAGAACUUGAGGCAUGGGAUACUUCCAUGAAAUCGUUCUCUCUUUUGGGAAUGAAAGUUGAAUUUUUACGUGAUAGAAUUCGAGCAAUCUUAAGACUCAUGUUUGAGUCAGAAGGUGCGUUGGGUAUCCAGAAAUACAUGGAAGCUAAAAUCGCACACAAACGCGUUGAAGAUGAGAUAACAAGCGUUACGGAAAAGCUCGUGGAGCUGGAGGAAUCUUCUAGACAGCUCCAGGGUAUUAUGGAUGGUUUACAACAUGAGGCUGGGAUACAUGAGGUGAAGUUCCUAGAAUUGGUUCAUGCCCCAUGGUAGUAUUUCAAAGCUCUACAUAUCUUUAUUUAUAUGCAAGUUAGCUUUACUCUUUUCAUUGUUAUGCUAGUGACUUAUGAACUAGGGUAGUCUGUACAUUUUUAGAAAGUUAUUGGCGCUUUCAUGAGCAGCUUGUGUCGUUUUGAUCAGAACUACAGUAGUUCCAUUUAGUUCAUCUCAUUGUAUGUCGUUCUUGUUUGAUGUUGUCGAUGUUUAAUUAAUAGAAUGACUAUGAGGUGCAUGUAUAUAGCGAAAGAAAUUGUCAUUCGAUA